GGGGGCGUAAUUAUUUGAACCAAAUAUGUAGCAACGUCCACCAGCACCAGAUCAGUUGUCAUCGGUUGCUUUUGGAUAUUACAAGCGGAUUUUGUCACCGUUUAACGGCGCCCCCACAAUAGUGACUUAUUCAUUGUUCUUUAACAUUAGCCAGUAAUGUCUUUCAUCAUGAUGAAGAAAAAGAAAUUCAAAUUCAAAGUGGACUUUGAGUUAGACGAACUGUCCUCUGUUCCCUUUGUCAACGGAGUCCUGUUUUGCAAAGUCAGACUUAUAGAUGGUGGCUUCACGGAAGAAUCGUCAAGGGAAGCAGUUCAGGCCAACUGUGUUCGCUGGAGGAAAAGGUUCUCCUUUCCGUGCAAAAUGAGUGCCAAUGCAGGAACUGGCGUGCUGGACCCAUGUGUGUGUAGAGUGUCUGUGCGGAAGGAGCUGAAAGGCGGGAAGACCUUUGCAAAGCUUGGGUUUGCUGAUCUGAACCUGGCUGAGUUCGCUGGUUCGGGAAACACCACCCGCCGCUGUCUACUGGAGGGCUACGACACCAAAAACACUCGGCAGGACAACUCCAUCCUCAAGGUGAUGAUCAAUAUGCAACUGAUGUCAGGAGACCCCUGCUUCAAAACGGCUCCGUCCACCGCCAUGACCAUAGGGAUCCCAGGAGAGGCAGACCAUCUGCACGAGUCUCUUAAGGGAGAGACGCCAAGGCCAUGCUUGUCUGCAUCAGUGGAGCACCCCAGGAAGUGCGGUUCCCUUCCGGAAGAAGUCGGGGGAGGCGGCCACUCCAGAACGUCGAGCUACGCCAGCCAACAGUCCAAAGUCUCAGGCUACAGCACAGGUCACUCAAGGUCCUCCAGCCUAUCAGAGCUUACUCACAAGCGGAGCACCUCUGUGGGAAGUGCCUCGACAGGUGUGGGCAGCAUGCCGGAGGCCGCAGAGGAGAGAGAUCCUAAACCCUCAACCUCAGCUGCCAGUGCUGCUGUGCCAGAGCACAUGAGCACACCACAGAUGAGUGUCUCAAUGGACAGGCUAAACAGACAUGCUUUACCACUUCCCUCUGCAAGACAUCCGGUUAAGCAGGACUCGGUGGAAUCCCAACUGAAACGGUUUGACGCCACCAGGGUGGACGCUGAUGACAUCGUGGAGAAGAUCCUCCAGAGUCAAGACUUCAGCCACGGCUUGCUGGACUCCAGUGCCGAGGAGGAGGGUCUGCGUCUGUUUGUGGGUCCCGGUGGCAGCACAGCCCUCGGCAGCCAGCACACCAGGGUUGGCGUGGGUCCUUACGAACAGGUGGUGAUAAAGCGCUAGGCUCAUCAGGGCCAUCGAGGGGAGUUACGAAGCUCAGCAGCACCACUAUAAUGAGUCCAGGCUGAGAGAUGGACACACCCACACAGGCAGCAGACGGGAAGUCAGACUCAGAGCAAUGGCCGCCCGUCAUGGAGCUCCGUGAAGCUGCACUUUAUCCCUCCUCCUCCAGCAGAGGGCGAUGGGGAGCGCUGACUGAAGCCUGAGGACAUUCAUUGCUGGGGCAACUUCUUCCCAUGGACUUCCCAGCGUUGCAGAGACCUGGAGCUGGCCAUGCCGCAUUAGCUGAGUCUCUGUCCACAGCAUACAGCAACGUGUUAUGAGAGGAUGGAUCUAAGAAGCCUGCAAUCAGAUCAAAAGUCUGGACUGCGCUCUGGUCAUAUUGUUUUAUAUGAAUGUGUGAAGAAAGAAUCUGUAAAUAUUUGGUGUUGGGUAUGAAAUCUAUGAUUGCUGCUAAAUGGUUUAAAAACCUCUUUUCGCAAUGUUGGAGUUAAUGUUCUGGUUAAAUAGUGUGGGUGAUGUACAGCCAGCUGUACCAUGACAUGACAUGCUAACAUCGCUUUCUUUAGUCAGACUGAGGACUUAGGAAGAGUAUUAUACGACUGGCAGACAUUCAGACAGUGAUGAGGAUCCUGCCUUUGUAAUACAAGAUAUCAAUACUGUAACAACAUGCCAUGUGAAAUGAUAAGGUUAGUUGAACAUGGGUUUAUUUUGUUGUUUUUGACAGAGUGCAUGGAAAGUUUGAUCUGAAAGAGUUCUUGUUAGGAACACAUUUCCCAUUUGCCGAAAGUCUGGAGUGAAUCUAUUUAGAAGGAGAUAUCCGCUUCCCUACACAAGAUGCAUCCAGGUGGUUGAGAGAACGUUUUGAGAGUGUAAGUUUUAUGACCUCUUUCUUUUCACUGUUUCAACUUAUAUUUAUGAAAGUGGACCAUAAAUCGCAUCACUUAUUCUUCUGUAUAUUUUCAUACUCCAGUAAUAAUCUUAUAAUUUAUUUUUCGGUAUAUUUUCAUAAUCCAGUAAAAAAAAACCCUCUUGCCUCAACCCUUUAUGCCGGUCAUAAAGGCUCUAUUAGUCAAAGCGGAUGUGCCUUUUUACUUCCGAACAUGAUGUCUAGUUUAAAUGGUCAUAUUUUCACAGACCGCAAAAUCCUUGGGUGCCAUUGGAUUUGCAUAUAUUUCAUGUCAUGAAUGCCAUUUUUCGGACUCAGUCUGUCUUUUCAGAAUGUUUUUUUGUACAUAGUGAAUUGAAAUGUUAAGAGGUUAGAUUUACAUAUCUUAACAGUUCAUUUGAAAGUGCCCCUGAACCUACAGGUGUUCAUUGUGGAUAUCAGCACAUCUCAUUGUCUCUAUCUAUUUAUUUAUAGGGAUACGUGUGUGUGUAUGUUUGUGUCACUUGCAGCUGUUAAUUACCAUAAUUAAGUGCCUGCCCUUGUUCUAAAUACCAGACUUUUUUCUUUUAUUCUCUGUGUUAAAAUACAAUACAAGCAAUGACCGUUCUGAAAUUAAAAAAAAAGAAAAA